GGCGGGGAAAGGAGGCUACGCUUAGGAAGGCAAACAAACUGCGGAAGUUGUAGCAGACAAGUUGGGAGGUCCGGUAGGUGCCCCCUCCCAACAGGGAAUGAGCAAGUGCCACGGCGGCAGGACUUUUCCCUUCUUUGAUUGUGGAAGGUGCUAGACAAAAACAUGGAACUAAUUUCCCCAGCAGUGAUUAUAAUCCUGGGUUGCAUUGCUCUUUUAUUAUUCCUUCAGCGGAAGAAUUUGCGUGGACCCCCGUGCAUAAGGGGAUGGAUUCCUUGGAUUGGAGCUGGAUUUGAGUUUGGGAAAGCCCCUCUAGAAUUUAUAGAGAAAGCAAGAAUCAAGUAUGGACCAGUAUUUACAGUCUUCAUUAUGGGCACCCGAAUGACCUUUGUUACCGAAGAAGAGGGAAUUAAUGUGUUUCUAAAAUCCAAAGAAGUAAAUUUUGAGCUAGCAGUGCAAAAUCCCGUCUAUCGUACAGCAUCAAUUCCAAAGAAUACUUUUUUAACACUGCAUGAAAAACUUUAUAUCAUGAUGAAAGGGAAACUAGGGACUUUCAACCUGUAUCAACUCACCGGACAACUGACUGAAGAAUUACAUGAGCAACUGGAGAACUUGGGCACUCAUGGGACAAUGGAGCUGAACAACUUAGUAAGGCAUCUCCUUUAUCCAGUCACAAUGAAUAUACUCUUUAAAAAAGGCUUGUUUCCCACAGACGAGAGAAAAAUCAGGGAGUUCUAUCAGCAUUUUCAAGCUUAUGAUGAAGGUUUUGAGUACGGGUCCCAGAUGCCAGAAUGUCUCCUAAGAAACUGGUCAAAAUCCAAAAAGUGGCUUUUAGCACUUUUUGAGAAAACCAUUACAGAUAUGAAAACAUACAAAUCUGUAAAAAAUAAUUCCAUGACAUUAAUGCAGGCUAUGCUGGAUAUCAUAGAGACGGAGAGAAAAGAAGAAGAGAGCCCCAGUUAUGGGCUCUUAUUACUUUGGGCUUCUCUGUCCAAUGCUGUCCCUGUUGCAUUUUGGACACUUGCAUUUGUCCUCUCUCAUCCCACUGUCCACGAGACCAUUCUGGAAGGCAUAUCUUCUGUGUUUGGCACAGCAGGUAAAGAUAAGAUGAAAGUAUCUGAGGAUGACUUGAAGAAACUCCCACUAAUCAAGUGGUGUAUUUUAGAAGCCAUUCGUUUAAGAGCCCCUGGUGUCAUUACCAGAAAAGUGCUGAAGCCAGUUAAAAUUUUGAAUUACACUGUUCCUUCUGGUGACUUGUUGAUGUUGUCUCCAUUUUGGCUGCAUAGAAAUCCGAAAUAUUUUCCUGAACCUGCAUUGUUCAAACCUGAACGUUGGAAAAAGGCAAAUUUAGAGAAGCACGUUUUCUUGGACCAGUUCGUGGCAUUUGGAAGCGGGAAGUACCAAUGUCCUGGAAGGUGGUUUGCUCUGUUACAGAUUCAAAUAUGUAUUAUUUUAAUACUUUAUAAAUAUGACUGUAGUCUUCUAGAUCCAUUACCAAAGCAGAGUCCUCUCCAUUUGGUGGGUGUCCAACAGCCAGAAGGACAAUGCCGAAUUGAAUUUAAACAAAGAAAAUGACAUCUGUUGGGUCUAAAGAGGGCCGGGGCCUUCUGGAAGAGUGAUUGUCCCCAUCCACUAGCCUGGCAGCAUGACCUGAGCUCUGCUAAAAUAUACUGCUUAACUGUUUUAGGAUUUAGUUCAAGAGCAUGUCUAAAUGGUAGGUGUGUUUGGUAACUUAAGAGUAGACAAAGAAUCUGACAUCACUCUCACCGAUAUGAGGUCUGCAUACAGGGAUUAUAGAAGAUGUUUAAAUGAUUUUUAAAAGAUGCAUUUCCCCAGGAGUUGCAAUUUGGUUUCAUGCGUAACUGUAUUAAACUUUAAAUAGAAACAGUGCCACUUGAAUGAAAAUCUUAGUAAACUAUGAAGGCCACAUACUUAAAUUUCUAUUUUGAAAAAGGCUAAAAGUCCUAGAUUCUAAAAAAAUAUUAAAACAGUAAUCUCUGGAAAUUUUUUUAGUUUUCUCAAUAUGAUUCUCAACUGGCAAUUUCAAUUCUUUUUUUUUUAAUGUUGUUUUUUUUUAAGAUUUUAUUUAUUUGACAGACAGAGAUCACAAGUAGGCAGAGAGGCAGGCAGAGAGAGAGGAGGAAGCAGGCUCCCUGGCAAGCAGAGAGCCCGAUGUGGGACUUGAUCCCAGGACCCUGAGAUCAUGACCCGAGCCAAAGGCAGAGGCUUAACCCACUGAGCCACCCAGGUCCCCAGCAAUUGCAAUUCUUAAGUUCUAUUAAUAUAAUUUUUUAUGGUAAACAAGACUAGUGCUGAAACAAUGAAUAAAAUGAUAGCUUUCUAAGACCUGUGAAGAUGGGGAGCAUGUCUUACACUCUUUCUGUGCUCAACUACACCAGGACAACACCUUCUGUAUAAGGUUUAUUCAGUAAAGGUAUGCUGAUGGAUAUAUUGAUUUGUAUUUUAAUGAAGGUGAAAGUACUCUUGAUUCAAGACGUUAGUAAUUAUAGGUGAAGAGGUAAUAUUUUUGUGGGUAGAAACAGAAGUAAAGUGAAGUCAAGGCAAAUAAAAGCAUUUGAAUGUAUUACUUAGGACUUCUGUCUGAAAUAUUUAUUGUGAAACCAUGAAAAGAAAACCUGUCAUGCCCCAGGAAAAACAUACCACACUAGUAACAGAGUGCUCAGUGAUGUCAUGAUUUGUCCUCUAAUAUUCAGUAAAAUGCUGCUUGCCUCCUUUAUUUCACAAUAAAUAAGCUUUGUGUGCA